AUGGCCUCCCACCGCAUCGGCGCGCGCGUCGCGGGCCUCUCGCCAGCGCAGCUGUGCGCCAUCAUCGAGGCGCAGGCGGGCGCGAGCGACGCCGCAAUGCGCGUGGCGGAGGAGCACGCCGCACGGCUCGUGGAGCAGCCCGAGUGGGUGCUCUCCGAGGUCCUCCUCUCGCCGGAUCUCGCCCCGCACAUCCUCGCCCAGCUGCCGACCACGGAGCACGCCGCCAAGGGGACUGUAAGCUUUUCGAUACGGAUACCGCGGUGUAGCAUCUACACUGGGGAGAUCUUCCGGACAGGAACGGCGCAGCCACCAGAGACAGUACCAGACGAACUAUCACGACACACGGCAGCAGGGGGGACGCAGCUGGAUGGAAGUGACGACGAGAGCGGGGACGACUUUGACAGCGUCGCGGCGCGCUGUAACUUCGACUGGCCUGCAGCAUCGAAUGAGCCGAAACGAGGCACGAGGGCGACGCACUUCGUACGCUACGAGGAGAUACAAUUAGGCAAGGCAGCUGCGCAGGAGAUGGGAUACAGGGCGGGGACCAGGGCGGAUCCGAACGCAAUAACACCCCAGCAAGCGCGGACGGCAUUCGCGAGAUACUGCAAAAAGAUAGACGUGACGAAGGAGGAGCUAGCGUGGAACUUUGGAUGCAUAUCGGCAAGCCAAAAUAACGAGCAGGAGGCUGUCCUGGUGCGUGAGCUAAUCCUGAGCAACAAUAAGCGACUGGAGGAAAGGGGGAGAGAGGAAGCCAACGCGACGUGCGCAGAGGAUGAGGAUAUAAACUGGGACGACGCAGCGGAGGGGAUAGGCGAGGGAAUCGAGGGACCGGAGGGCUUUCGCGACAGCGACGAUGACGACGAAGAAAGGGGAGGGGACGGAGGGGCGACACGCAGGAGGAGCGAAAUCGCUAACGGCCCGAGCAGAGAGGGCGACGGCGGGGCACGAGGGAACAACGGAGACGCUACCGAUGACGCGAACCGAGGCACGGACGCCGGCGGGGACGGGGAGGGCGACAGCGACGUCGAGGUUGACGCAACCGUAUCGAGAGCGGCACCCAAAAAGGGGCGGACAGCCAUGGAGGUCACCGAAUGGAGGGCGAACGGCACGAUGCGAAAAGGCAGGGCGAGGCGGAUGGAGAAAGAAACCGCGAGCAGACAGCGCCUGCUGGCCAUUUCGAGACAUUCGCCAAGAACGCUAGCUACAUGGGAGGGCUUCGUGAAGGAUGGAUUGAAAAACAUUCGAACAAAGAAGAGGCGACGGGAGGAACCGGCGGAGGAUGCAUCUUCAGAGCUAGCGACGCGACAGAAGAAGAAGCGACAAGGGAAAGAACGACGAGAGUGGGACGACCGCGAGGUGGCAUGA